GUGCGCGUGGCGGCGGUGGCGGCAGCGGCAGCGGCAGCAGCGGGGCCGGUAAGCGGGCGCGCGCGCCGCUCAGAGAGGCAGAGUUGGUGGCGUGAGUUGCUGCCCCUUCCUUCCUCCUGUGGGCUAGGGGAGCCACCGCCCCCGGUCCUCGAGGAAGACGGGAGCGGGACGUGGCGAGAGGCCUCCUCAGCAGUGGGCAAAAUAGCCCCGACGCGGAGGUCGUGUCCCCGCCACGUUUCUGGCGACCGCAGGCGCGGAUUCCUUGGCUUCCCUCAGCACUUUCCCCUCCGCGCGGACGGCCCCGAGACGCUUUUUCACUGGGCCUUGUCGCCAGCACCCGGCGUGGGGGAUGUGUAGUUGGUGACUGCCUCUCCAGAUGCUGAGGUGCCUGUAUCAUCGGCACAGGCCAGUGCUGAACCGUAGGUGGAGUAGGCUGUGCCUUCUGAAGCAGUAUCUAUUUACAAUGAAGUUGCAGUCUCCCGAAUUCCAGUCACUUUUCACAGAAGGAUUGAAGAGUCUGACAGAAUUAUUUGUCAAAGAGAAUCACGAAUUAAGAAUAGCAGGAGGAGCAGUGAGGGAUUUAUUAAAUGGAGUAAAGCCUCAGGAUAUAGAUUUUGCCACCACUGCUACCCCUACUCAAAUGAAGGAUAUGUUUCAGUCGGCUGGGAUUCGGAUGAUAAACAACAGAGGAGAAAAGCACGGAACAAUUACUGCCAGGCUUCAUGAAGAAAAUUUUGAGAUUACUACACUACGGAUUGAUGUCACCACUGAUGGAAGACAUGCUGAGGUAGAAUUUACAACUGACUGGCAGAAAGAUGCGGAACGCAGAGAUCUCACUAUAAAUUCUAUGUUUUUAGGUUUUGAUGGCACUUUAUUUGACUACUUUAAUGGUUAUGAAGAUUUAAAAAAUAAGAAAGUUAGAUUUGUUGGACAUGCUAAACAGAGAAUACAAGAGGAUUAUCUUAGAAUUUUAAGAUACUUCAGGUUUUAUGGGAGAAUUGUAGACAAACCUGGUGACCAUGAUCCUGAGACUUUGGAAGCAAUUGCAGAAAAUGCAAAAGGCUUGGCUGGAAUAUCAGGAGAAAGGAUUUGGGUGGAACUGAAAAAAAUUCUUGUUGGUAACCAUGUAAAUCAUUUGAUUCACCUUAUCUAUGAUCUUGAUGUGGCUCCUUAUAUAGGUUUACCUGCUAAUGCAAGUUUAGAAGAAUUUGACAAAGUCAGUAAAAAUGUUGAUGGUUUUUCACCAAAGCCAAUGACUCUUUUGGCCUCAUUAUUCAAAGUACAAGAUGAUGUCACAAAAUUGGAUUUGAGGUUGAAGAUCGCAAAAGAGGAGAAAAACCUUGGCUUAUUUAUAGUUAAAAAUAGGAAAGAUUUAAUUAAAGCAACAGAUAGUUCAGACCCAUUGAAACCCUAUCAAGACUUCAUUAUAGAUUCUAGGGAACCUGAUGCAACUACUCGUGUAUGUGAACUACUGAAGUACCAAGGAGAGCACUGUCUCCUAAAGGAAAUGCAGCAGUGGUCCAUUCCUCCAUUUCCUGUAAGUGGCCAUGACAUCAGAAAAGUGGGCAUUUCUUCAGGAAAAGAAAUUGGGGCUCUAUUACAACAGUUGCGAGAACAGUGGAAAAAAAGUGGUUACCAAAUGGAAAAAGAUGAACUUCUGAGUUACAUAAAGAAGACCUAAAACUGAUGGCUACUAAAAAGCAGAGCAUUUCUGGUAAGACUAAAUUUUCUCCCCUCCCUCUUAAUGAGGUUUGAGAGACUACACCAGAAUAAAAGACAGUUUAGGGGACCUCUGUAGAACAACAAGGGUCUUAUUUUGUGAAUUAUAUAUUUCAAGAACUAAACUGAGAUCCACCUUUCUGGAUCUGAUUUAUAUCACUGAAAUGUACAGUUCUUCUGGAAUAGUUUCACCUGAGAAAACAUAGUUGGCUAUUAUCUAUAUCUUAAGCUGUUCAGGCUUUUAAAAAAAAAUUGUUUUUGCAUAGGGUAGUACUAAGAUCUUAAAAAGUGGUAACUGUCUUGAAGAAAAAACAUUUAUUGUUUGCAAUUGAAAUAACAGGGUUACCUUGACAAUGACUGUCUAUGAUGUGUCAGUUCUUAUCUGAAUUCCAAAAUAAACUUGUGCUUAAAAAAGAAAUAAUUGACCAAGUUUGCAUAAAAUAUGAAUACUAAAUGUGUCCCCAGUUGCUGGCAUUCAUAUGUACAGGAUUUGUUCGAGCAAGCUAUGCUUCAGUAUGUGGUUGAUAUUUUUCUGUCACAAUGAUUUCUUUAUGCAUGCAGAGCCUGGGAAAGUCACGGGAUUAACUUGAGGGUCACUCUUGAGCCUAUUAUUAAUUAUUAUUUUACUAAAACAAACAUUGGUAUUGGAAGAUAAAUAUGUUUAUGUGGUAUCUGACAAUGUGUAUCAGGUGUCAUAUACAAUGGUAAUAUGCCUCUCUUUAAAGUGUUAUUUUAUUAAUUAAAAGAAGGAUAUGGCUAUUAUUAUAUAUUCUCUAAAGAUUUGAGUCCUAAAUGCUUUCAUCAGGUAAAUAAAAUGUAUAAUACAAA